GAGCUCCACUCCAUUCGAAUCGCAGAAACCAAUCCGGCCAACUCCGAGCGACCACCAAAUUCGAAACGCUCUCCUGCCUGCCUUGCAUCAAUCUCCGAGAGAGAGAAAGAAAAGAAAUGGAUGCUACAGCGGUCAGCGGCAGGUGGACACGCGUCCGCACGCUGGGCCGCGGGGCGUCCGGCGCCGUGGUGUCGCUCGCCGCCGACGACCGCUCCGGCGCGCUCUUCGCCGUCAAGUCGGCGCGCGCGGCGGACGACCAGCUCCGCCGCGAGGGCGCCAUCCUCUCCGCCCUCUGCUCGCCGCACGUCCUCCCCUGCCUCGGCUUCCGCGCCUCCGAUGCCGGCGAGUGCCAGCUGUUCCUCGAGUUCGCACCCGGCGGCACGCUCGCCGACGUGGCCGAGCGGCAGGGCGGCCGGCUCGAGGAGUGUCUGAUCCGGGCGUACGCCGCGGACGUGGCCCGAGGGCUGGCGUACCUCCACGGCCGGUCGGUCGUGCACGGGGACAUCAAGUCGAGGAACGUCGUGGUCGGCGCCGACGGGCGGGCCAAGAUCGCCGACUUCGGGUGCGCGAGGAGCGUGGGCUCCGGCCGGCCUGUCGCGGGCACGCCGGCGUUCAUGGCCCCCGAGGUGGCGCGCGGGGAGGAGCAGGGCCCCGCCGCCGACGUCUGGGCGCUCGGCUGCACGGUCCUCGAGAUGGCAACCGGCCGCGCCCCGUGGAGCGACAUGGCGGACGUCCUCGCGGCGUUGCACCGGAUCGGCUACACGGACGCCGUGCCGGAGGUGCCCGCGUGGCUGUCGGCCGACGCGAAGAGUUUCCUGGCCGCGUGCUUCGCGAGGGACCCCCGCGACCGGUGCACGGCCGCGCAGCUGCUGGAGCACCCGUUCCUGGCGUCGGCCGGCUGCGGCGAGAAGCCCGAGGAGGCGGCGGCGGCGGUGGGCAAAUGGGUGUCCCCCAAGAGCACGCUGGAUGCCGAGCUCUGGGAAGAGUCCGACACCGAGGAAGACGAGGAGGACAUUUCAGAGAGCCCCGCCGAGAGGAUCAAGGCAUUGGCGUCCUCCUCCUGCUCGGGCCUCCCGGACUGGGACUCGAACGAAGGCUGGAUCGACGUGCUCAAUGAGAGCCCUGAAUCCAUCGACGCCGCCGCGGACAAGGCCGCCGGCGAGGACGAGUAUGUUCCGGCUGAAGAAUGCUUGGAAACAGAGGUCGAUUUCCUCGAUGCAUACGUGGAGGAUGCUGACCGUAUGCCUACUGUAGAAUCAACGGCUGCUCGGUUAGCUGAGCAGCAAAAAGAGCUCUGUUCGGGUCUCCCACCUGUAUUUGAUGUCAGUACCUUUUGUGAUGAAAGUGAAAUAACAGAAUCUAUAUUGCGUCGUCAAAUUAUUAUUGUCCCCGCUUCGAUCCAAUUCCUUGUUCUCGCGUUUAAUUUAGUUAUUCCGAAUCGGUGUGGCGUGACGCCUCCACACACGCCACUCAUAUGGAGAUAUGCACGAACCACUGAUCAUCACUGAGCAUAUCUUCUCCUU